GUUCCUUUAUUAACCAUGGAUCGGAUCCAUGUUAGACAAUCAAAUCUGAAGUCUUUUUUCCUCGUCAUCAAUUGUGGUGUGACUGCAGAUAAUCAAACUUGAAGGUUAUUUUCGUUUAUAUAACUAACUAAUGGCUGAGAAGAAACAAGUACCAGCUGCGCCAUUAGUCUCAAUCAGUGAGGAUAAGGGCGAUGUCAUCAUUCCGUUUGGUUCACUUACUCCCCUACAUCCUCUUCCAGAUCUACUUGACGGGAGAAGAGAAGAUUACAUCAAUGUUGCUAUCCCCCUCUACGAAGCAUCAAUAAAAGGCGAUUGGAAAGCUGCAAAAGCCAUUAUUGAUAAAAACCCAGAGUUGCCGUUGCUGCGGUGUAGCAUCACUGAAAAUUGUGAGACCCCACUUCACAUUGCAGCAUCCGCUGAUAAAUCAAAGAGGAUGCAAGAAUUUGUGAAAAAUCUGGUGGGGAUGAUGGAAACAAAAGAUUUAGAACUUCAAAAUAAAAGUUUCAACACCGCACUGUGUUUAGCGGCUGCAGCUGGAAAUGUUGAAAUGGUUAAGAUUUUGGUAAAAAAGAAUCGUGCUUUGCUCAUAAUUCCUGGUAGUUCAAAUAUGAUGCCACUCUAUAUGGCUACCUUAUUUGGAGACCAUGCCACAGUGGAAUAUCUUUACAGUCAAUCUAAUAAAUUGGGUGAUGAUGGCUGGACUCGUGAGAAUCGUGCUUGGCUGCUUCAGAAGUGUGUUGAAGCCAAUUUGUUCGAUAUCGCACUACAGAUUGUGCAAGAUAUUCCAGAACUUGCUAGUAGUGGGAAUGUACUUGGAGUUUUGGCUAAAAAGCCUGAGGCAUUUUCUAGAACAACAUCAAAUGUAUUUAAGAAAUCAUUCAACUGGGUCUUUGCUCGCCCUUCAAAGCCAGUUCCACCUAAAAAGGAUGGUGAAGCAUUGCAAUUACUAAGGACCAUUUGGAAAAAUGUUGUAAAAUUACCGAAGAAGGAAAUUGAUGACAUAUUAAGAGGGCAACCCGAUCCAGUUAAAAAAGAUGACAGGCUACCUUAUAACAAGGAAGAUCAAAAGUUGCAUCUGCUAAAACUCAUUUCCGAAAAACUUGACAAAAUUUCAGUUGAAAUCCAAAAGCCAACACUACCUUCUUCUUCGACUGUUACAAAAGAGCCAGCAAAGGCAAAACCAACAUACUCUUCACGUGUAUUAUUUGUUGCUGCAGAAGUGGGUAAUACUAAAUUUAUAGUUGAGCUCAUCCGCAUGUAUCCUGAUUUAAUUUGGAAGGUCAAUGAGAAUAACCAAAGUAUAUUUCACAUUGCUGUUAAACAUCGUCAUGAGGGUAUCUAUAACUUAUUGUAUGAGAUUGGCUCAAUGAAGGAUUUGAUUACUCCUUUAAAAGAUGAACAUGAAAACAAUAUGUUACAUUUAGUCGGAAAGAGCGCAAAACAAAAGCGCCUUCAAGAUGUAUCUGGUGUUGCUUUACAAAUGCAACGAGAACUAUUAUGGUUCCAGGAAGUGGAGGCUAUGAUCCCAUCUUCUUAUAGAGAAAGGAAGAACAAAGAUGGUCUAACACCACAUGAGUUAUUCACUAAAGAACACAAAGAUCUAGUUGUACAAGGCGAGAAGUGGAUGAAAGAAACAGCUAGUCAAUGUAUGGUGGUUGCUGCCCUUAUUGCCACCAUAGUAUUUGCAGCCGCUUUUACGGUACCAGGUGGAUACAGCCAAGGUGGGAGGAACCAAACUGAGGGUAUCCCUGUUUUUCAUUCUGACCCAACCUUUAUGGUUUUUGUGGUUGCUGAUGCCAUUUCUCUAUUUGCAUCCGCAGCUUCGAUUCUUAUGUUUUUAUCUAUCCUCACAUCUCGUUAUGCCGAACGUGAUUUCUUGCAGUCGUUACCCAAAAAGUUAAUGUUGGGUCUAUCAACUCUUUUCCUCUCUAUAACAACCAUGACCAUCGCUUUUAGCGUCAGCUUUUUCGUACUUUACAAGAACGGUUUGAGAUGGAUGCCGAUUGUUAUUAGCUUGUUUGCGGUGAUGCCCAUCUUUUUAUUUGCGUGGCUGCAAUAUCCUCUCUUAGGAGAUGUUAUUCGAUCAACAUAUGGUUCUAGAUACCUCUUUAAACCCAAGAAACGAAUGCUUUACUAUGAAAACCCGGAGCCCAACAUAAUAAUGCGUUUCUUCUCAAGAUGGUCAUCAUCAAUUUUCAGGAUUUUUAAAGCCCAGUGAUAGAUUGGGAUUUUGAUGUGGACUUUCGUGCCAUGUCAUCAGCCACCGUAUCUAUCUUGCAUUGUUACACGUUUCAUUAAAUUGCAUUUGUUACACGUUUCUUAAUUCCUAGUCACAGGGUAGUUGUUGAUUUAGUGGUUCUGUAUAUUUCCUUCAAUCAUGGAAGAAAGUGGGGCAUGUCCCAUGGUUUCCACGUAGCAUGCAUGCACGUUUCCUUUUCCUUGUAACCCUAUUUAGGGACUUUUCCAUUUUAAUGAAUGCGUCAGAAAAUUAUCACAGAAAACAAUUCCCUUCUAAAA